GUGGACUGUCCCAACUUCGUGAGCGUCCUCUCUCAGAUGAACUCGUCUCACCUGUACGUCUGCGGCAGCUUCGCCUUCAGCCCCCACGACGCCUUCAUCGACGCAGAAAGCUUCUCUCUGGUUGGACUCGUCGAUGCUAAAGCUAAGCUACGCUGUCCGUUCAGCCCGCUGCAGAGAAACAGCGCCCUCACCGUGGACGGAGAGCUCUUCACCGCCUCGACCACCGACUUCAGAGGAGAACGAGCUCAGAUCUCCAGACACUUCAGCCGGGGGGGGCAGGACGUCAGCCAGGACACCUCCAUCGCCCUGCUGCAGGAGCCGGCGUUCGUGGGCUCAGCGGCGGUGGACAGGAAGCUGUUCUUCUUCUUCACUGAAGUCGGGAAAGAGUUCAGCUUUGUGGACGAGCUGCGGAUCGCUCGCGUCGCUCAAGUCUGCAAGGACGAUGUGGGGGGGCAGCGGACUCUCCAGAAUAAGUGGACGUCCUUCGCUAAAGCGCCGCUGCUCUGCCAGGUUCCCAAACAGCUUCCCUUCAACGUCCUGCAGCACAUCUUCACCCUCCCACCACCGGAGGGCGCCAGCUCCUCAGAGACGCUGUUCUACGGCGUCUUCACCUCGCAGUGGUCUUCGGGGGCAGAGUCAGCGGUUUGCGUCUUUAAGCUGCAGGACGUCCAGGCGGUGUUUAAUGGAAGCUACCGGACCUUCGACACACAAACACACCUGUGGAGCCCCCUGCUGGGAAAACACUCACAUCUGGGACAGUGUGGGCUGGACAGCGCUACAGAUUCUGAAUUAUCUCAAGUGAAGAAGAGUUUCCUGACGAGCGGCAGCGUGAAGUCGGCCGGCGCUCCGCUCGUUUCUUCAGAUCAGCGGUACAGUCGCGUGGCGGCGAUGAGGACGAAGGCCCUCAACGGCAAACAAUACACCGUCCUGUUCCUGCUGACAGAGUCCGGGUUCCUCCACAAAGUGGUUUUGCUGGCUGGAGGACCUCGGGUGAUUGAGGAGAUUCAGGUCUUCACUCAGCCUCAGAUCGUCAAAAGCAUCGUCCUCUCCUCCUCAAAG